GGCGCAGCGCAAAAGCUGGGCCGUGCCUGUGCCACACCGGCAGGGGAACGCAGAGAGAGGCAGCCCCGCCCGGCGGCACGCCGUCGCAGGCAAGGGCAGCCCCGCGCGCGGUCGCGCUGCGCCGCGCCAUCGCAGAAACACAAUGGACCAAUUUGUUGUGGUGGACCAAUUGGGCGCCGGCGCCUUCGGGCGAGCUUUGUUAUGCAGAGACAAGUCGACGCGCGAGUUCGUCGUGAUCAAAGAAAUAAGGUGCGCGGACAAGGCCGCGCGGGACGAAGCUAGACGGGAGGCGGAACUGCUGCGGAAGCAUUCGCAUCCUAAUGUGUGCCGCUUGAUAGCGUCCUUUUCAAGUGAUGAGCAGAAGCGCUUCUAUCUCGUGCUGGAGCACUGCGACGGCGGCGACCUGAGCCAAGCUAUUAGUAAAAGAAGAUCAGAAAGACGACCGUAUCCGGAGCACGAAGCAGCUUCAAUAUUUGUCAUGAUCACAUUGGCACUGAGGCAUGUGCAUGCGAGACGCAUCGUCCAUCGCGACGUGAAGGCUGCCAACGUUUUUCUGACAAAGAAAGGCGUGGCCAAGCUUGGUGAUUUUGGAGUUUCGAGACAACUGGACGUGUCCGGUGGCGGCGCGACGCAGUUGGCUUCCACCAGAAUCGGCACGCCCUACUACUUGGCGCCGGAGAUCUUCGAAGGGAAACCCUAUGGGAGAAGUGCGGACGUCUGGUCGCUUGGCGUGCUGUUUUACGAGAUUCUGGUGCUGCGGAUGCCCUUCGAGGCUAACUCGCUCGCCGCCUUAUGUGUAAAGAUCACGCAGUCGAGAGCUCCCAACGUCAUCGGGUACUCGGCGGCGUGCGCCGAGCUCGUCGCGUCAUUACUGCAUAAGAACGCGGAGAAACGACCACUCACCGAUGCCUUGGUUAAAGACGCGUACGUGCGCAAGCACAUGCCCAGCGCCGUCGCGGCGGCGCGUUCGACUCGUAUCAAUGCCAAUGACACGACUCAAGACGACACCACUGAUGAAGAGGACGUUGUGGAGACUGUGAUCACGAAGCGCGUCGAGGACAUGCUGCCGGCGGGGUUGGGGGCCGAGUACGCUAGAUGUAGGGCCGAAGCUUUACGGAACCGGCGGCACCAGGAAGGGGAUCCUGCCGAGGCGCCCUCGCCGCGACGAACCGCGAGGCGGAACCAGGCCUUGGCCUUGCAACGAGAUUAUGAGGCGCGCCAGAAGGAGUUGCAACAAGCGGCGUCGCAGCAGUACCGCGAGAACCGGCGCUUCCGCGCCGCGCGCGUCCGCGAGGAGCGCGAGCGGAUUGUUAGUGGAGGCUGCGCGGACGACGUCGUCGAGGUGGCCGCGGACCCGCGUGAUUAUCGGGAGAAGCUCGCGGACCAGUACCGCGAGAACCGGGCCAAGGCCCGAAGUUACGAGCGCCGCGCACGCGACGACUUACAAGGCCCGUGCGUCGACCUGCGCGGCGCGGCGCGCGGCGCGGCGAACCUCGAGAAGCGCAUGCGGGAAAAACGGGAGAAGGAGGCCCAUGAUCGGGACUUGAGGGAUGCGCUCGCGGAAGAAGCGGCCCGCUACCAGGCGGAAGCGCGCCACGCGAAGCAGGCGGUGGCACUGGACUUCACGGAGGCGCCUCGACGAAAGCCCCCGCGGCGCCUCUUGCGUUCGAUUCCUCCUGAGGAGGGCGCGGAUUAA